AUGGAGGGACAGAGCAGCGGACCUGGCGUUCAGGGGCAAGGACCCUCCAAGGUGAGCUCCAAGCUGCCUCGAGGGUCACGCUGGCCAGUCCUUGGCCUGGCAUUACUGCUACUUGUGCUGGCUUUGGCUGGAGCUGUGGUCGGCGGGUUCCUUGGUUUGGCACAUAACCCUGCUGAGCCCAUGCUGCAGGCUAUUCGAUGGACAUUACUGAGUCCUUCCAUCACCUGGCCCAACCAGACAGCCACAGUGGACCUGGCCCAGGACACAGUGACCUUUGUGGUGACCCCACCUCAAAGCAACCGUAGCUGGGCUGUGCUAUUCGACAGCCACAAUGGUUAUGUGUGCUAUCGCCCUGGGGAACAAAGGUCCUGCUUUCUUCGGAGGAUGGAGACCUGGGAUCGAGACACCUUGCGGCUAGUCCUCAACACUUCUCAGAAUGACUGGCCACUCGGGCCCAACAAAGACACCAGAUAUACUCGAGAAUUUUUGGGAGUGCUGGCGGAGCAUGAAGUGGACCCUGCUUUGGUAGGAAGCCCAGUCAAAAACCUCUGUGACCAACUCCCCAUCUACUGGGUGCAACGGGCAGAAGGUUCUCUGAAACAGAGAUUAAUUUAUCUCUGCAUCGACAUCUGUUUUCCAAGCAACAUUUGUGUGUCUGUCUGCUUUUAUUACCUUCCAGAUUAGGAACCGCCUAAUGGCUGGGCACCUUUGGUGAUUCUCUUUGCCCUGCUUGCCCCAGCUUGUCCCUUGUCACUGCAGGAACCAGGGACUGCAGCAGGGACAUAAUCACUCUGGGACCAUGGUGGGGGCAGCUUCCUAAGUGCCAGGCCAGUGGGCUAUAGGCCAGAUUUAAAAAUCUCUCCACUGGAAGCCAGGGUUUCUGUUCAUACAGGGGGUGCUGGGGAGAGCCGAAUUUUAAUUCUGAAUAAAAUGAUCACCAAUGUCCUGACCCUGUGCUGAUUCGAUGAGACAUGUCCCAGCCCAGCCUUUGGGAUUUAGUUUAUUCCAUAGAUCAGAAGCCAAUCCUACGCCCUUCUAUCCUACAGAAGCAGUGGCUGGCAGGGUGCCUCUAUCCCAGAUCCAGGGACUCCUAGUCUCUAACCCUGUCACCCUAAGCUACUAUGCUUUGUACCUGUUGUCUCAAGUCUCCAAGGCCCAGGCCCACCCUCUUUCUGUUUUCUAACAGUUCAGCUGGAUUUAGUCCUCCUGGACCGAACUCACUCUA